UUUCAGUUCGUCGCCCUGUGCGCCCUCGUGGCAGCAGCCAGCGCGGGAGUGAUCCCGGCGGCGCCUUUGGCGUACCACGCCGCGGGCCCAGUGGCGUACCACGCCGCGGGCCCAGUAGCGUACCACGCCGCAGCCCCGGUGGCGUACGGCGCGCCCCUGGCGUACGCCGCGCCAGUCGCGAAGACGGUCGACGCCGACUACGACCCGCAUCCACAGUACAGCUACGCCUAUGACGUGCAGGACAGCCUCACCGGGGACUCGAAAAGCCAGCACGAGACGCGCGACGGCGACGUCGUCCAGGGCAGCUACUCCCUCCUGGAGGCCGACGGCACCCGCCGCAUCGUCGACUACACCGCCGACUCCGUCAACGGAUUCAACGCCGUCGUCCACAAGGAGCCCGCCGCCGUCGCCGUUAAGGCUGUCGCCCCGGUCGCCAAGGUCCACGCUCCCCUUGCCUACGCCGCUGCGCCCGCCUACGCCGCCUAUGCCGCCCCUGCCGUCGCCAAGUUCGCCGCUCCCCUCUCCUACGCCGCCCCCGCAUACUACCAUUAA